AUGGCCCCCCAAGACAGUCUGCAGGGCCUGGAGGUCCACGGUGCCUUCAGCGACACUGAUGGCGUGAUCACCACAACCAUGAACGACCUCCCGGGCUACCGCGUGACUCGGGUCCUGGGCGCCGUCUACGGACUCACCGUGCAAUCGCGCAACCUGGCCGCAGGACUGGGCAUGGUGCUCAAAUCCAUCGGUGGUGGGGAAUUGGGCAUGUUCACCACAAUGCUGUAUCGCGCGCGCAACGAGGCCGUGUCGCGCAUGGUGGGCGAGUGUUUGCAGAAGGGGGGGAAUGCGAUUAUCGCGCUCCGAUUUGAUACGAGCGAUCUGGGCGGGUUUGCGCAGGUGUGUUCGUAUGGGACGGCGGUUGUUGUUGAGAGGGUUGAGUAG